CACAUAAAACGGACCGGGGAGGAUCUUAGUCACUUUUGGGAAUAAGUUAUAUAUACACAUAUAUAUGUAUAUUUGAAUAUAUAUACAGACAUACACAAGUGAAGCCCUAGCUUUUUAUAGUUUAUUGUUUGGGGUGUCUUCAGUUCAGGUGAUGUCUGAAAAGGGUAUGCUUCAGUUGCCCGAGCCCCAACCCAACACGUCAGAACCAGAGAAAAUGGACCUUGCUGCUCCAUCCAACGCCAAUGCCAAUAUACCAGAGAGCUUGUUGUACAAAAACCGCUUACAAGAGUACACACAACGUUCAGCAAUAUCACUCCCAAUAUAUCAAACCGCCAAUACAGGAGUUCCGCAUGCUCCAAACUUUACGUCUACCGUCUUCGUGGACGGUUCAUACUACACAUCUUCAACCGCAUUUUCAAAUCGAAAGGCAGCAGAGCAGGAUGCUGCCAAAGUUGCAUUGAUUGGCAUAUCAAAAAAAUUAAAGGAUGAAGGGUGUCCUCUUAUCAGCGAGGAUACAGUUUUUUGCAAGCAAAUCCUGAAUGAAUAUGCAAUGAAGAAGAAUCUGAAAAAACCAACUUAUGAUACAGUUCAAUCGGAGGGGUUGCUUCCAGUGUUUGUUUCUUCUUUGGUCUUCAAUGGUGUUACCUACACUGGCGUGGCAGGUAGAAACAAGAAGGAAGCUGAACAAUUGGCAGCACGUGCUGUUAUCCUAUCAAUUUUGGGGGAUCUUGUUUCAGCAACCUAUAUGUCUGAAAUUAUUAAGUCCAAGUUGAAGCUGUAUGCUGCAUUGGGUAAAGUUACAGACUCACACAAUACCCACAAUGUCAGCAUGCCUGUCAUUGUAAAUACAGGUAACAGUUCUGUCUUGCCUUUAAAUAAAGAGAAAGAAGCUGAAGUUUCCCAGGGCACUGGUAGGAUGCCUGUUUUAAUAAAAUCAAAACCAUCCUCUGGGCCAAUUCCUCCAAUUGCAUGCGCGCCUUCAGUUUUGCAAGCUGAAGUUGCUGGGGGCAUUGAUAAUAUGCCUGUUAGAAUCAAAUCAGAACCAUCAUCUGUGCCAAUCAUUCUACCAAUUGCAUCUGGAUCUUCAGUUUUGCCACAGCCUCUAGUUGCUGGUUCAACUGUUGGUAGAAAACGGAGUAAGAACAAGAAGAAGACAGAUAAGAGAAUGCGAGGCAUCAUGGUUGUCACACGUGGAGAGUCUUCACGUCAGGCUGUUGAGGAGCAGGUCGAUGACACUGAGCUCACAAGGGGUCCGGGGAGGCCUAAAGCUCAACUUCGGGGUGUGGAUGCUAAUCCACCACGGGCACCUACGUAUGAGGAGCAGAUUCCAGCACUGGCACCGGCACCGGCACCAGUAGUUAAUGAGCCGUUGGACUACUUCAUGAAGCUACAGAGGGUUAAGAUUGAUCAGUUCGCAGGGAGUUCGGAUCCGUUGAUUUCAGAGGCAUGGCUUGACCUCAUGGUUCGUAAGUUGGACAGUAUGGCAGUACCAACGGACAGGUUGAGGAUCUCUUUGACCUCUUCCAUGUUCAUGGGUGACGCAGAUAGUUGGUGGAGGUCUAUCUCCAAUGUUCAUAAUGUGGAGACGAUGACUUGGGUUGAAUUCAGAGAGCAUUUCUUCGAGCGCUUCUUUCCGAGGGCUAUGAGACAAGAGAUGAGGAUUCAGUUCGCAGGUCUUUAUCAGGGCACUAUGAGUGUCAUUGAGUACGAGACACGAUUCACUUCUCUUUCCCGCUAUGCCGAGGAGAUGGUAGCGACAGACGAGACCAGGGCCAAGAAGUUUCAGGAUGGGCUUCAUCUUGAUAUCAGGCCACGGGUUUCACUUCUUGAUUUGAGGACCUACAGGGAGGUGGUUCAGAGGGCUAUGUUAGUUGAGGCAGAGGAUCGAGAUCAAUUGAGGAUCAGAGGUUCACGUAAGCAGUUUCGUGGCGAGGCUUUAUCUUCUUCAGGGAGUCCGUGGAAGAAGGCUAAGGCCGGGGACAGUACUCACACUCAGGGGCCGCCACAACAGGCUCGUUCUGCACCCACGGUUCCUGUAUCUUCGGGGUCAGCCCGGGGAGUGAUUUGUCAUCAUUGCCAGCAGCUGGGGCACAUCAAGCCUCGCUGCCCACAGCUUCAUCCAUGGGCUAGUCAGCCUACGGCUUCUACGAAGGGAGGACAGGGAAUUUGUCAUUACUGCAAGCAGCCAGGGCACAUUAAGAAAGAGUGUCCAAAGUUGCAGCGCAAGGCAGCCAGUGGCACAGGUUCACAGGCCCCACCGGCACAGUCCACAGUGGUUUAGUUAGGGUUUAGAGUUCCUCAGGCACCGCAGCCAGUUGCCUCAGUUGGCACUUAUCUAGCCAGAGGCUCUACGCCUAACACUUCCACAUAUCAGUCAGGCCAUCAGGACAGUUCACAGCAGAGUUCAGAUGCUCACCAUCCCUAGCUUGGCUUGGUUGCAUUUGAAUACCAUUUUGUGUACAUUUCACAUGCAAGUGUUAGCAUGUUUUUGGUUUAUCUUUUAUUGUUGUAAAGUAUAACUUGUUUAGAAGCAUGAUAUGCUUCCUUUUGGUGCUGUAAUAUAAACUCAAAUGUCUUACUUUGACUUUACUUCAACAUAUAUGUAAUGAGGCCAAGGGCCAAUCUCUUUUGAUGAAUAAAAUGUGUGGUUAAUUUUA